UUAACGGAUUAAAUUUUGAUUUUUUUUUGAAGUUGACAUAAAAGUUGACGUUCUGAAGUUCUGUUUUAAUUUUACUUCACUCUGAAUUUAGAAAGAAGGCUUUACAAAUUCCUGACGAAAUUCUGCUCUCAUAUUUUUACAAUCAGAGUUCUAUACUUUUAGUGCGAUAAGUAUUUUUUGAGAAAAUAGCCAGAAUAAAGAACCCAGAAUCACCAGGUGGCAAGUGCAUACUUACUUACACUUACACCUGCCUUGACAAAUUUUUGAAAAUAAAAUCAGGAUUCAGGAUAAUUGAAAAUAAAGUACAAACUAUAUUUAUAAAUAUGUCGGAAAUAUGUAAAGAAGGACAUCGAAUUCUUUUGAACGCCUUGAAAAUUUUCAUGGCGAAGGACCUCGUCGGAGAAUCGCCAGUGAUUCUUGCUGCGGAAAAUGAUCAAAGAUUGAUCGAAGAAUGUACGCAUUCGUACAAAAGAAAAAAAUUUCCUCGAGGCCUGUUUAAUAAAACUCGAAUCAUUGUUAACGGAGAAGAGUUUGAUGCCACAAUAGAAUUACAGCGACAUUUCAAGAUAAACGAAGAAGAUAUUAUUACCAUUGAUAUGGGUGUCCAUAUUGAUGGGUACCCAUCAAUAGUCGCUUGGUCAACGAUCGCCAAAAACAAAAUCACAAAAUUCAAAGGCGAUAAAGCUGAUGUAUUCAAGUGUAGUCACCAAGCGUUUAAAGCUGUCGUGAUGUCGAUGAUCGAUGGAUGCCAAAUAACAAAAAUCGAAAACAUAUUGAAACGAUUUAGUACGACGUAUGGAUGCUGUUUGAAAACGGGCAUAUGUUGUGAAGUCGGAAAGGUCAUCAAUAGUAAUAACACGACUACGGUUAUGCCUAGCAAGGAAGUCGAUGUAAUUAAGAAUGACUCUCGUUACCUCGUUCAUGUCAGUAUGUCCAAAAGCAUUUCGGCGGAUAAAAUUGCCGAAGUUCAAUAUAAAUUGAUUAUGCACGUGACUCCCAACGGCCCUCCUAAAAAAAUUUCGCUAAGAUUGAUCAAUUGUUUUAGUUCCAAAACAAUAUUGAUCGAUGAGGAUUUAAAAGAACUUUUGAAAAUGAAUAAUACAUCUACGGUGUCGGAUAGUCAAGCAGAGGAUAAAAAAACCACCUACAACGAAUUAGUCGAACAAGUCAGGCAUUUGACAAUAAAACUACAAUCAAUGGAAGAAGAUAUGAAAAAAGAGAGAGAAGAAAGAGAAAAAGAGAGAGAAGAAAGAGAAAAAGAGAGAGAAGAAAGAGAAAAACAGAAAGAAGAUAUCCAAAAAAUACUACGAUCAAUACAAGAAGAUAUAAAAAAAGAGAGAGAAGAAAGAGAAAAAGAAAAAGAAGAAAGAGAAAAACUGAAAGAAGAUAUCCGAAAAAUUAAGGAAUAUGCGGCAAUACUGAGCUCUAUUCAAAACAUACUUCUAACAUAUCGAAAAAGUCGGAAUCUGUAAAUAAUUCUCUGGCUAAGUACUUCUUGUAAAACCCUGGUAGCAUCAUCUAGCAUCCAAAGGAAUACAAGAAAAGAAGCGGUAUUCGCAUAUGCGAGUUCAAUAAAUUGCUUUGAAAGUUCAAAAAAUGUGUAUCAAAUGUUUCAAUCCAUGUAGGUAUGAAUCUAUUUUCAAUUUUCAGGGGAGACAAAUUCACACUGCUGAUGAUCUUUGUGCUAUGGCAUUGCAGAUAUUGAAAGAGCAGAGAGAUAUACUGCUUGAUAGAGAGACUCUGCUCAAGAGAUUUGAACACCUGGAAGACAUGAUGAAUUUGCUUGUCACACAGAACAGCGAUUCCGGUGAAAAUACAAAAUAAUGCUGCAAUGAAUUUUUCUUUCCACAAUGACAUCUUCUUUAUUUUUGUGUAUUUUUUAAAAUACAACACGUUUAUGUAUUAGUUGAACAAAAUACAAUUUUUUAAUUUUUCUUCAACAACA